GUCUCGUUUCAACGCGUCGAAAGAUCAAAUUCAUCGGAUCGAUCGAGGAAGAGUCUUCUCUUCUCUGCAACACACACAACAUGGACGUGCGGACGGAAAGACCGCGAACCGCCGGUCGAAUAGCACCAACCGGAAGAGUUACACCAACAGUACAUCAAACCGGUGGAGGCCGAAGGAAAGCUAUACCAGUUCCGCCUCCAAGAGUGCCGACUCCUAUGCCCACCGCGAAUAAUAAUCAACAACGGAACAAUGCCAACGUCGUCGUUCCGCCCACCGCCGUGGCUGCGCCGAGGAAAGAGCCGCACGAGAACAUUGCCCGGAUAGCGAAGCGGUACCUCGACGAUAACAUGCAGCAGGCGUGGAUCAAUCCUCGUCUAAUAUCGAUGAUAAACAUGGAAGCGGUGACCUCGACCGACUACGAUUCCACGAACCUCAGCAGGAAUUUCAAUCAGGUCGGCUUCAACACGUACAAUUAUUCGCAGUUCGAGGAGAAGUACAAGCCGCGGCAGAUCUUCAAGUACGGCGACGAGUAUCUCGAGUACGGCCACAACUCGGUCAGGCUCGACGCCAACGAGCGAUUCGGCCGGUCUCAAUCCAAGUAUCAGGACGGUGCGAGGCUCAGCGAUCAGCGAUACUCGCGGAGUCACUCUCAGCCUGAACGGCAGCACCACCUCGCGCAAGAGACACGUUCCAAGUCCCAGGACUCGCGCGAGCUCACGUUCUACCAGAUUGACCCGCCGCUGAAAUCGGACAACUCGCGGCAACCGCACGACAAGUCGCACCAGAAGCUGAAGAAGGAGCUGACCUUCUACGAGAUCGAUGGGCCGCCGCCGCCCAUCUCGCAAGAGAGGAGAGAGAACGUUGAGAUGUGCAAGGAGCGCGGCGACAAAGCGACCAAGUCCCAUGUCGGCGCUCAGGAGAGGUCGCAAACCUCCAAGCACGGCAGGCAAAGUCACCAAGAGCUGAAGGCGAGCGCGCCGCCGGACUGCCAGCUCAACCGGUCGCAGUCCGAUCUCACGGAGUGUCAGCUGCCGAAUUACUACGGCCACCGCAAUAAUCCGUACAUCGAUCCGCCCAAGUACCGACACUUCGACAGGCCGCCACGCUAUCAGGAGACGCCGCCGAGAUCGGAACCGCCGCCCAAGUAUCACGCCGACCCGCCCAAGUACACCGAGGUGUCGGCCAGACGGCAAGAUGACUUUAAGAGGAUCCAGGAGGAGAAGGGCAGACGACAAGGUGGCAGCGGGGGCGGUGGAAUCAGCAGCAGCAGCGGCGGCGGCGGCACGUGUAAUCUGAGCGGCAGCAACAACAACAACAACAACGACAGCAGUAAAGAGAACCUGUUGCAGGAGGCCGGCGAUGAGUGCGACGCGUCGUUGCCCUCGAGUCGAUGUCACAUCGAGUCGCUGAAGAGUCAUCAUCAUCAUCAUUAUCAUCAACAGGCGCAGCAUCAGAUCCAGCGCGGGAUCAGUGGUGGCAGCGUCAGCGGCAGCUCCGGUGUCGCCGGUAAUGUCUUCUUGGACGGCGGUGGGUCGUGCGGCGAGGUAACGGUGUGCGACAAGUACAAGGUCACAGGGUCAGAGCUGAAUCGGGCCGGCAGCGACGCGGCUCAAGGUCGCCUCAGCGACAGAUCCAUGCUGAAGAUCGAGAAGCUCUCGGGAAAGGUCGCUCUGCACUGGUGGCGUUGA